AGGAGGAAAAGGAAGAAGAAAAAAUGAUGCAUCUCAAUCAUAUCCACCACAACCGCAAGUUUUUGAUGCUGAAAAUAUUCGAAGUAUAGUCAGGGAAGUUGUGACGGAAGUUGUGAAGGACGAGAUGAGAAUAUUUUCUGAGCGAAUGGAGAUGAAGAUGGACCGAAUGGAGAUGAAUAUGGAGACUAAGAUGAACAAUUUUUUUGACCGAAUAGAAAACUUAGUUUUUCAAGCAAAAGAUGGUCCAUCUACCCGUGCUACCUAUGACGGGACAAAUGUUGAUGAAGAGGUUGAUCUGGAGAUUAAUAUGCGGGAUACGGAGACCGCUCGAAGUGUAGAUGUUCCUACUCAGGCUACAGUGGUCGCUCAGUUCCGCGACUAUCAUGCCGAGAAGUUCUCAGGGCAGGGAGAUCCUCGCAUAGUUGACGAGUGGAUUCAGGGCUUGGAGUUUAUCUUCGAGGUCAUGGAGUGCCGUGAGAGAUAUCGCGUCAUUUGCGCUCAGCUUCAGCUCACCGGUGAUGCCAGGCUCUGGUGGAAUGGUUACUGGAGCAUGCGUCCCGGCGAAAAGGCGGGUUGUACGUGGGAGAUGUUCAAGGAGUUAAUCCGCGAAAAGUACUACCCCACAUACUACCGAGCCGAGAUGGAGCAUCAGUUUCUAUCGCUCCAACAGGGUACUCGUACUGUUGACGAGUACGAGAGGGAAUUUACGAGACUUGCAGCUUUUGUUCCUGAUUUGGUCCGCACGGAGGCCCAGCGAGCGCAGCGUUUCAUUGACGGGCUUUACCCAGCAGUCCGUCAUAACAUCGUAGGCCACGGGACACAGACGUAUGCACGUGCAGUCUCUAUUGCCCAGGAGGUGGAUGCCAGCAUUAGGAGGGAGGCCGUUCGUGAGCAGUUCCAGCCAUCCGCUCCUGCCCAGUCGUCUUCAGUUCCACCGUUGCCAGCUCUACCAUCUACUCAGCCGCCAAAGAACAACAAGAGGAAAGGGAAAGGUGCCCAGGCAGAUAAGAGGACCCGACGGAGGCUACAGCAGAUCCCUCAGUGCCCGACAUGCGGACGACUUCACCGAGGCGAGU